GUCACAAUUAACAGUGUGACGGGCACGUAUGUAAAUGAGUGUGAUACAAUAGUAGUCACAAUUAACAAUGUGACAGGCAAGUAUGUAAAUGAGUGUGAUAACACUGUAGUCACAAUUAACAGUGUGACAGGCAAGUAUGUAAAUGAGUGUGAUACAACAGUAGUCACAAUUAACAGUGUGACAGGCAAGUAUGUAAAUGAGUGUGAUACAACAGUAGUCACAAUUAACAGUGUGACAGGCAAGUAUGUAAAUGAGUGUGAUAACACUGUAGUCACGAUUAAUAGUAUACCAGGCAACGCAAGUGUGUAAAUUAGUGUAAACACACUAGUAACAAUUUUAUGACAUUUCAGGCAAGUAAGUAAAUCACUGUGAUACAACUGUAAUCGAUCGUUAUCUCUUAGAAUCAUUCAAAAUAGUCAACUUUAAACUGUCUUAGUAUAUUCGAGGUUUUGCUAACAGGAGGACGAAUAACCGGAAAAGCAGUUUGUGAGGACCUGUGUUUUUCGGGAAACAGUUUCACGGCGAACAGUGGCCCAGUAACUAAUCCAGUGGAUACAUCAAGGACCACAGGGGGUUCCAGUUCCGGAUCAGCUGCUCUUGUAAAUAUAUCCGUUUUAUUAAUGAAAAAGUUAAGAAUUGCUAAUUUCAAAAACCAAUUGGCGUAACCAUGGAAAUUAUGACGGCACGGCAAUAGAAC